AUGUUGGAAAGCAGCGAACAUUACUGUGUGUCUGAAGGAAAUGACACAUGCAGCUUAGAGAACGAGAGGAUAAUGAGAGGGGAUUUGAAUUUCUUUGGAGAAUCGAAUGUGUUAGAUGAAGAAAUGGAGAAUAAAUUGGAAUCUAAAAACUUUUAUAAAGAAUUAAGAUAUGAUUUGGUGCGAAUUGAAAGGAAUAUAAAUAUAGAGGUAAAAAAAAGGAUUGAAGCUAAUAGAAAUAUUCAACAGUUAAUUGAACACACAGCAAAUGAUAUGAUCAACAAUGUUCUUAAUAAAAUAACAACAAGAAUAGAAAAUAUAUCUUUUGAUUUAGAUAAAAUCAUAAAAAAAUGUGAUGAAUUAGAACAAAUGAUAGGUCAGAUUAGAGUAAAUUUACCUACAAAAAUACAAACAGAAAUGAUAAGCUUAAAACGAGAAGUUUCGGACUUUUUUAUAAUUCUCAGUAAAUAUGCAAAUAACAAAAAGAAAAGAAAUAAUAUACUCUUUGCCAAGAUAGAAAAUAUGAAUGCAUACAUUGGAACGAAAAUUCAAAGUGAAGUUUCUUUCAAAGAUCAAGAUUUCAUUUUUUUCAAAACAGAAAGUGACAAAAUAAUUCUUUACGAUUCUGAUAAUGAAAAUAGUUUUAAAAAUGUCUUUCUUCAUCAAGUUCAAGAAAUUAAAGAUGCACUGGACUUAACUAUAAAGGCUCGCGAGCAAUCGGACGACGAUAUCAUCCAGGCCAUGAACAAGUACACAAGCAUCUUGCAGAAAGCACUACAUUCCGUUAUCACAAGUAAUCACUAA